AGCAUAGCCAACACAAGACAGGGCUCCACAACAUUUUUAUUCCAGAGAUACCUAAUACCAGGCCAUUUUCAUGACCCUGGCCUGACCAACACCCUGCAGACCAACACCGCUGACUUGCUGCUUCCCCAGGUGGACCAACACACCAUGGAAAACUAUACUGUGGAUUUCCCUGACAUGACUGUGACAACAGAAUUUGACUACGGCGAUUCAGCACCAUGCAUGGGAACUGAGGAAAAGCACUUUGCAGCUAAUCUUCUGCCACCGCUUUAUUCUUUGGUGGUAAUAUUUGGCCUCACAGGCAACAUGCUCGUUGUCCUUAUCCUGAUAAAAUACAAGAGAUUGAAGAGUAUGACUGACAUCUACCUGCUCAAUCUGGCAAUUUCUGAUCUGCUGUUUAUAUUUUCUCUUCCUUUUUGGGCCUACUAUGCUGUUCAUGACUGGAUUUUUGGGGAAGCGUUGUGCAGAAUUCUCUCAGGUGUCUAUCUCCUUGGCUUCUACAGCGGCAUCUUUUUCAUAAUCCUGUUGACCAUAGACAGGUAUCUGGCCAUAGUGCAUGCAGUGUUUGCUUUAAAAGCGAGGACAGUUACCUACGGCAUCCUCACCAGCAUUGUCACUUGGGCUGUUGCUAUGUUUGCCUCUGUUCCUGGGAUAGUGUUUCACAAAACUCAGAAGGAAAAUUCAAGGUAUACGUGCAGUGCUCAUUACCCAUCAGAUCAGAGAAAUGUAUGGAAGCAAUUCCUGACCUUAAAAAUGAACAUCCUGGGACUUGUUAUUCCAAUGUUAAUCAUGAUCUGCAGCUACACACAAAUUAUAAAGACAUUACUGCAAUGCAGGAAUGAGAAGAAACAUAAAGCAGUCAGGCUUAUUUUUAUCAUCAUGAUUGUCUACUUUUUCUUCUGGGCACCAUAUAACAUCUGUAUUCUCUUGCGUGAUUUUCAAGGUUCAUUUUCCAUCACUAGUUGUGAAGGCAGUGGGCAACUGCACAAAGCAACCCAAGUGACAGAAACCAUUUCGAUGAUCCACUGUUGUAUCAACCCUGUGAUUUAUGCCUUUGCUGGGGAAAAAUUUAGAAAAUAUCUUUAUAGCUUUUUCAGAAAGCAAAUUGCAUCCCACUUUUCUAAGUACUGUCCAGUUUUCUAUGUUGAUCCAGCUGAACGGGCUAGCUCCACCUACACGCAAUCUACUGGAGAACAAGAAGUUUCUGCUGCAUUGUAAUUUGUGCCUAGCAAAAAAAGUGGAAUUGACUUUUGUGAAAUCAAUUCUUGUGAUAAAAGCCUGGAGAAUCUGUUCUAGAUAUUAGCUCCAAAGCAGCUGCAAAAGAUCAUGGCACAUAUAUCUAUCAAAGCUUGUAUUUGCUCAUACUAACGGAUAUUUGUACAUAAAUAAAAAGGAUGUAUCAAAUUAGCUAUCUAGAUAUGGUAAUGUAGGAUUCUGUAGCAAAAAAAAGAACAAAAAAAGUUGUUGUUGUUGUUGUUUUUGGUGAAUGUAGUAGUAUAGUUUUUUACUACAGACACCAAAAACAUAUAAAGCUAAGGGUUUAAGCUAGCAGGCUCAUAAACUGAUACUUGAAAUGAACUGGUGGUUAGAAAUUGAUAUUGGUUCUUUGGAAACAUUUCUUCACUGUACUUUACAAAAGUCAUUUCACUCAUUUAAACUCAGUCUCAAUCCCACCUGGUUGUGUAUCUCUCUAGAUAAUGCUAAAUUAAUUACUGAGGUCUGUGAUGAAGAAUCUUUACAAGCGAUAUGGGAAAAUAUUAUACAUUUAGAAAAGACUCCAGUAUUUUAGUGUAUAUUUCCUUUGUGUAUGGUUGUGUACUAACCCUUUGGGUUUUCCUCAUAUUAUUCUUAUAAUAGUCUUUACUAUUAAGUGUCACAAAUAAGUGUCACUAAGUUAAUUAAGACACUGAUAUUUCAGAAUGCUCUUUCAAUCAACUGCUGUUUUAUAUGCUACUUGUAUUAAAAUGAGUACAAUAGCCUGUCAUUGAUCAGCAAAUCAAUAUGUUUACAAUAUUUCAGAAAUACAGUAUUACACAUGGAGCUUUAAUUAGGUUAGAUCAAGUGCAGACAAUUACUCAAUAGCACUUUUUAGCUUCUUAGUGCAGUUAUUUUGUUCACCAUUUUUCUGGUCUACAUUAAGAAAAAAACUUUAAAAAGCAGCAUUAAUGCAGGUGUAAAGGCUGCAAAAACACAACAGCAUUAGAGGUGUGAAAAUGUUUUUUGAACAAGGUUGACCCAGAUGUUUUUAAAGAUAAGCAUAUGCUAUAGACAUUUAAGGUGUCAAAACACACACACAAAAAAGUAAAAGGAUUCACCAAUCUACAGAGCCAAGGACAUAUAGCAUCUCUUUAGUUUUAGAAACAGGUAUCAUUUAGGGGUUAUGAUGAUUUUUUUCUGUUAUUUGGGAGUUUUACAGAAAUCAACAGCUUCCAUAAUGCAAACAAAAUUAGUAAUACUGGUGGCCAAAUAUGAUUGGGUUUCCCCUUAGAGUUCAGAAAUGGCAAAGCCCUCGAACACAUAGAAAAUGUGCUAUUGAUUUAAUUAAUAAAUAAUUUAAUUAAUAAAAGACCAACUUGGUCUUUCUAGCAUUUCUUACAUUUCCCCUAAUGGAUUUGUUUUUGGACAACUCUGGAGGCAGGAAAAUCAGAGCAAAUAUUUUUAUUGCUGUUCUUAUCUAGUAGGGUAGUCUCUGUUUUCCAGCUCCUCUAGAUAGCCUUUUAAAUAUUUGCAAAUAAAUGUUUCAAAGAUUCACAAAGAAAUUUUACAUUGCCAAGUGCAUGUGAAAGCAGGAAGUGAAAUAGGGAAAUCUUUGCUUAUCAGACCACUUGAUUUAAGUUACUCUGUUUUGCCAUAUUAAGCACCACUUUUGGACAACAUCCACAAGGGAAAUAAAACAGAACCAUACUA